AUGGCUGUCUUACUGCUUACUUUGACCUUCCUAGGUCUCGCGUCUGCGCUCCCGCGAAUUGGAGACGGGCUUAUGGGUUCUUUGGUUGAGCCACAAUUCACUUCCCCUCCACCUCCCGAUUUCGAGAAUAAUGAACUACCGCAUAACAUCACGGAUUAUGAUCCCGAGUCUUGGACCUUGAGUACCAAGACAUUGGUCACAAAUCACUACCAGACCCAGCCCUAUGUUGCGAAUGGCUACCACGGGAGCCGAAUUCCUGCCGAAGGAAUUGGGUAUUGGGCAAUGCCCCCGAGAAAUUGGGUUCUAGGGGCCGCAUAGCUAAUGCAGUACAGGUCCUGAAAAACAACUCGGAUCCCAACGGCAUUUGGCCCAUCAACGGUUGGCCAUUGGAUAGCCCCCGACAAACCGUCGCUACAAUCUCCGGGUUUUGGGAUUCCCAACACAACACCACCCGAACGAACUUCCCAGAAUUGCUCAAGAACGGUGGAGAGAGCGUUAUCUCGGGCAUCCCAACCUGGAGCACGUUAUACGUCACAACACCCGAUGGGAAGUACACCUAUGCACCUGGUGUUGACCACGAGCAGAUUGAGAGGUUCAGCCAAUCGCUGAGUAUCCGAAACGGGAUCUUGACCACGAGGGUAAAAUGGACCCCUGUUAAGGGCGGUAUUACCUACGAUCUCAAGUUCACAAUCUUGGCCCACCGAUCGCGAAUCAACCUUGGGAUGCUAAAGCUCGAAAUUACCCCUUCUGAGGAUGGGAAUGUGAUUGUGACAGACAUACUGGAUGGUGCCGGUGCUCAAAGGACAGAUUUUUUUGAGAAGGCCUUUGAGAACGAAAACAACAUGAUCUGGACGGCUGUUAGCCCAGUUGGCGUCCCGAACGUUACUGCCUAUGAAUUUUCAACCGUAGAUUUCCCUUUCGGAUCCCGACAAGGGCUUGUGAUAGAAGGAUCAAGAAAGAACGCGAAUCAUAGACCUUACGUUUCAACCAAUCAUUCUACCAUCUCCCAGGAAUGGCAAGUGGAGACAUCUAAGCAACAGACCGUUACAAUUAUCAAAUAUGUCGGUAUUGCCAGCACCGAUGCGUUCCCGCACACUAAAAGUACAGCUCAGCAAGCGGCACUAGAUUCCAGGGCCUACGGAUGGGAUUCAUUGAUCAGAGAGCAUAAUGAGGCUUGGGAUGAGUUGUGGGAUGACGGCGAUAUUGUUGUUCAUGGUGACAAACGAAUGCAGAUCGCGGUUAGAGCUAGUUUGUUCCAUUUACUGGCCAAUGUUCGUGGCGGUUUUGAAGAAAGGGGGCUUGGAGACAACAGCAUCUCUGUCGGUGGUUUGGCCAGUGAUUCUUACGCAGGAUUUGUCUUCUGGGAUGCUGAGUGCACGUCUUGCCUAAAAGUUGGCUUAGCGGUUUGUGCUAACACAUGGUUGUAAGUGUGGAUGCUUCCUGGAUUACUCGUCCUACACCCCGAUCACGCGUCUGCAAUCAACAACUACCGCUCCCGAAUGCUUCCGCAGGCACGAGAAAACGCCAAGCAGCACAGGUCCGACGGUGUGCUAUAUCCGUGGACUUCUGCGAGGUUCGGAAACUGCACGGCAACUGGCCCAUGUGUCGAUUACCAGUACCAUCUAAAUACGGAUAUUGCACUUGUGAAUUGGCAUCAGUUCUUGACUACCGGCGAUGAGGGUUGGCUCAAGCAACAAGCUUGGCCGAUUAUCAAGGGAGUUGCCGAUAUGUGGGCUAGCAGGGUGCAAACCGCCAAUGAGACCGGAGAUGACGGCCUCCGCCCAGGAAUGUAUGUUGUGAGAAACAUGACUGAUCCAGUUUGUCUCCAGAUACCGGUAACUCAGCUUUGAAGUACCGCUUGCUAAUUAGAACGGCAGGAUGAAUACGCGAAUCAUGUUGAUAACGGUGCUUUCACAAAUGCCGGCAUCAAGGUCAUCAUGGGUAUUGCUCGGGCGGCGGCAAAGAUUGUUGGUGAAGCUGCGCCCAGCAAGUGGAAAGCUGUUGAGGAGAACAUCUUUAUACCUUUCAACACCAACGCAGGCAUUGUCCCAGAAUAUGGAACCAUGAACGGGAGCGUUGAAAUCAAGCAAGCAGAUGUAGUGUUGAUCAAUUACCCACUUGAAUUCCGUUUUAACGAGAGCCAGGCUUUGAAUGAUCUAGAUUUCGUAGGUUUUCCUAGCCACUUUCAUUCUUUCUCUUGCUCACAUUCUUCCUAGUAUGCUAGAGCUCAAUCACCGGACGGCCCUGCCAUGACAUGGGCAAUGUUCGCUAUCAAUGCAGCGGAUCUUUCGCCUGCUGGCUGCGCGAGCUAUACGUACUUACUCUAUGCCUCCCAGCCUUACCUUCGCGAACCAUACUAUCAGUUCAGUGAGCAAAUUAACGACAAUAUCAACGAGAACGGUAACACCAAUCCCGCAUUCACAUUUCUAACUGGACACGGAGGUUUCCUUCAAGUUCCCACGCACGGGUUCACCGGGUACCGUCCACGUCUCGACGCAUUCUACCUUGAUCCUUCUCUUCCUCCUCAACUUGAAGGAAUAGAGGUAAAAGGGAUGAAACACCAGGGUUCCGCCUUUGAUGUUCUCGUCAAUUCCACCAAUACUACGAUCACUAGGCUCCACCCGAAAGCACAUAGGCGCUCAAAUGAUAUCCCAGGACUCGUCACUGUUAGGAUCGGUUCUCGGAAUAAAAUGGCUGGAGACUGGAAAUUAUCUGUCGGCCAAUCCCUCGUUAUCCCUACUCGUCGCCCCGACUUGAACGGCACCGACCUUCCCGGGAAUAAGGCACAAUGUAAGCACGCGGAGGCGGAUACUCCAUGGUAUCCAGGCCAAUUCCCUCUUGCGGCCGUGGACGGAAGCAACCACACAGUUUGGCAAUCAGCGACCUCUAAGCCCUCAGCCUUAACCGUGGAUUUGGAAACCCCCACGGUAAUUAAUGGUGUGAGCUUUAAUUGGGCAUCACAGCCACCGGAAUCCUGGACGCUCCUUGUCGGUGGUAACGGAACUGCGCCCGCAACAUGGCGCCGGGUAUACCACAGUGAUAAAGUAGAGAUCACCGACCCAUGGGUCGAGGACGAUGCCCUGAUUGUGAGGAUGAGAACAGGAAACACUACGACACAAAUGUUUGACCAGAGCACCUCUACCGUCAGCAGAUGGGUGAGGCUCGUAGUCGAGGGGAACAAGGCUCAAGAUAAAGAUCGGGGCCCUACAGUAGCACAGUUUGGGAUCCUUUAAAGGUCUACGGUGUCUGCUGCGCAUUUGAGCGCGCUGGAGAAUCCAUGUAAUGUAAUAUCAUAGUUUGUAUUUACCGGUGGCCCAGUCAACGGUUAAGAUAGGAUGCAGGAAAUAUUGCCUCAAAUGCCCAGGGAACGCACCAGACAGGCUGCUGGUUGAGACAACACAGUAAAACGUUGCAAAAAUAACUUGUGCGGGUCCAAGAGCAUUCCCCAGGAGUGUUCAAGCAUUCAGCUAAAAAGCAAAUAAUGCACGAUACCAGACUUCAAUCUUUACAACGAAAGCAAAAAGCACAACGCACACAUACUAUAGAUGCAACCCAUUAUUCCACCAUCUCGAAACACCAAGAGUAAAAUUUGAUGGAACAUUGAAGCUCUAGCCAAACCAAGCCAAAAGAAAGACGCAAACGCAACUUCCAAGGGCAAGCUGACUAAGCUUUCCACGCGCUAAGGUGACAUCAGUAAAGCCUAGCACAGGCCCACUCUCCUUUGGACUCCCAUUGAUCUCCCUCGUCUGCCCACCUACCACCAUUCAAUUUCACUGUGUCCAGCACCACUCCCAUUCACUGAUUCACCUUUCAUCAUCAACCGCUACAAGCACCUCCCGUUAACCACUGCCUUGGUGGAACACAAACACGACCUAAAAAAAUAAAAAAAAAUAAAAAUAAAGCGAGAAAAAUACGGAAACGAUGGCACCAACCCCCGCAGACCCAACACCCGCCUCGACCGCAACCCCCUCGCCAACAAACUCCCCAUCCGACGACUCGGGCGG